AUGUGUGAUUGGGCAGAAGCAGUUGCAGCGGAUGGCAAGAAAUUUUAUUAUCACAAGAUAACUAGAGUGUCUGUCUGGGAGAAACCGGAGGAGUUGAAAAACUAUGAAGCAAACUUUCAGCAGUAUACUGCCGGUGGUGGUGCAGGUGCUUCAUCUACAUCGGCGUCGAGCAAUCAACAUCAUAGACAUCAACAUCAGUAUCAUCAUCCUUCGUCGGCAUCUCAACAACUACCUCCAAACUGGAAGGAAUAUACCACACCCGAAGGAAAGAAAUACUAUCACAAUGAACUUACAAAGGAAACAAAAUGGGAAUUACCAACUGCAAUAACAAAUGUAAUACCAUCAUCAUCAACAUCUUCAUCAUCAUUUCCACCAAUUUCAACAUCACAACCCGAAAACAAUAACAAUAACAAUAAUAAUAGUAAUAGUAGUUCAACUUCAAAUUUAAAUAGUAGUAGUAAUAAUAAUAAUCUUAAAGAAAGUGGUGAUGGAAAUAAUAAUAAUAGUAGUAGUAGUAGCAGUAGCAUUAGUAGUAAUAUUGGUAAUAAAGAAAUGGAUAAAGAUAGUGCAAAUAAGAUUUUCAAAGAGUUAUUGAAUGAUAAUGAUGUUGGAUCGACAUGGUCAUUUGAAAGAGCACAAAAGAUUAUAAUUAAUGACGAUCGAUACCAGGUGUUGAAAACAAUGUCAGAGAGAAAGAUGGUGUUUCAAGAGUAUCUGGUGGAUCGCAAGAAGUUUGAGUUGGAGGAGAAACGUAAGCGCGAGAAGAGAAAUCGUGAGGAGUUUGUCAAGCUGCUGAAAGAGUCACCCGAGGUGACGCUAACGAUGAGCUGGCGACGCGCUCAACUCUACUUUGACGGCGAUCCCAAGUGGGAUGCCGUAGAGAGCGAGAAGGAGCGAGAGGACCUGUUCCGCUCGUACAUGGUCGACCUCGAGCACACCGAGAAAGACGAACGCGAACAAGCGAAACGCGAUCAAAUCCGGCAGCUGCGUCACAAGUUUGAAAGCGAUCCAACGAUCAAUCUGAAAUCGCAGUGGCGCAAGGUCAAAGAUGAGUACGAGGCCGAUCCACUCGUCGUUGCCAUGGACCGAUUCGACGUGCUCACAACCUACGAGAACUACAUCAAGGAUCUCGAGAAGAAAGAAGAGGAAAUUCAACGUAAAGAUCGUGAAAGAUUAAAGAGAGAUGCAAGAAAAUAUAGAUUAUUAUUUAGAGUAAGUUAUUAUUCAAUGUACAAAUGUCAAGUAAACAAAAGAUUAACAGCAACUUCUUCUUCUUGUUCUUUACAAAUAAACAAGGAAUUCUUGAAUGAGAAAUAUCAAAAUGGAGAGUUACAUGCUGCUACCAAGUGGAAGUCGUUCUAUAAGAAAUACAAUGGAUUGUCAGUGUUUGAGAAUCUGAGUACACAGACAACUGGAUCUACACCACUGGAGUUGUUUACGGACUUCCAAGAGGAGAUGGAAGAUAACUACGACAAAGAUUUCAAAAAGAUAAAAGAUAUCAUCAAAGAUCUCAACUAUCAAUACAAACCGAAAACAACUCUGGAGUCACUCAAAGAAGAUCUAUCGAAACAUGAAAAAUACAACAGUAUAUUACCUGCCAAUUUACCACCUUUCCUAUUAUAUGUGUUACUGGAGGAGACCAGUUCGAUCAGUAAGCAUUCGACGUGGAGUGAGGUUAGACCUCUGAUUUCGGGUGCUUCCGACUUUGAUCGACUGGAAGACGAGCAGGAGCGUGAGAAGAUUUUCAAUCAAUACUUGGAGUAUCUCUCGAACGAAGAGAGCGACGAGGAAGGUAUCAUCAAGAGCGACGGUGACGACAAUGGAUCGAGACGUGAAUCAUUCUCAACCAAGAAGAGACUAUCAUCGGCAAUCGAUGAUUCAGAUCGUAAGAAAAAGAAAGAAAGAUCAAGUAGUCAUUAUUAA